GGGUGCUGCUUUCCAGUUCGGGUAUCUAUGCUCUUCACGUCCAGAAGUGGUUGACUUCCAGGCGAAGGGUCAACACUGGAAUCGAUGCACUCACAUACUGUUCCUCUCAACGAAGUAUGAGAUACUCGUCUCUUUGCUUUGAGGUCAAGACGGAGCGAGAGUAUCGUGCAUGCUUCUAGGCACUACGCAACUGCAUACGGGGUACCUCGACAUACAGGGCAGAGAUGGGCAGUCGGAAGUCCAUCAUCAUACCUAUAGUAGUCUUCGAGACUCCGUUUCUUCCGGAAGUUGCAUUUGUGAGCGAGUAAGGGACUAUCUGUUGCCUGGUGAACGACGCUUCAUCUCGAACGCGACUAGAUCACAGUUCAGUAACGAGAGUGCCUCUACUGGUGUCCCUUCUUUUCAUUCAGGAACUAAAUCCAGUCACGAAUUCGCGACAGAAGUCAGUCUUGAUAAGGCUGAUAAGUUCGGAUACCCGGAUGACUACCUACUGCAGAUUGCCUUUAGACGUAUUGCAGCGCUUCCUGCGGACUCGUCUGGAUACUGGCGUAUAAUGUUCGUCUUGCAACCAAUACAUACUGAUGUGGUAUAGGCCUCCAGCCGACUGAAGCCGCAGAGUUGAUAUUAAGGAGCACAAUAUCCACCGAAACAUUGUCGCUCGCAAAAGUUCUGGAUCGAAGACUGUAUGACUAAUCAUCGACGGUGCAAUGUCUCUGUUAUGGAUAGAAGCUGGUACCCAACUCGUCUACUUGACUGUAGUCCCCCAGAACGUUCCGAAACAGGUUGACGAUUGGUCGAGACGAACGGCAACGAUCUCCACGG